UGACCUCCUGGGGUGAGAAGGUGAACAUGUAGCGGAUGGAGGAGGUGACUGUGAGGUGGCAGAGACAGGGGCUGGGGGGCUGGGUGGCCAUGGAUGGGACUCGGCUCUUGGCCAUCACACCUGGUGUUCACGGAGCACCUACUCUGUGUCAGGCACUGCUCUGAGCGUGUCCCACAUGUUAACCCAUUUGCUUCUCACAAUGAUGCUCUGAGGCACGUCCUAUUGUUGCCCCCGUUAUAGAUAUGAGAAACUGAGGCACAGAGAGGUGAAGUGACUUACCUGAGUGGUAGCGCUGGAAUUCGAAUCCCGGCCCUCUGGCUCCUACCCACCGCUGUCACCUGCCUCACUUGGGUGGGGAUGGUCUUGACAAUUCUACAGGAGGAAAGCCCAUUUUAUAUUUAUUGGUCCAUUUGGAGGGAAACAUACCAGAAAGCUGAGGCACAUCUGGAUGCUACAGAGGUGACAGAGUCCUGCCAGGGCAGCAGACCUGCACUGGGAAGAAAACCGGAAUUCUGUGCCGAGCCCCAGUUCAUCUGUGAGGAUAUGAGCCGGACAGACGUGUGUCAGGGGAGUCUGGGUAACUGCUGGUUUCUUGCGGCGGCCGCUUCCCUCACUCUGUACCCCCGGCUCCUGUGCCGGGUGGUGCCCCCUGGUCAGGGUUUCCAAGACGGCUACGCUGGCAUCUUCCACUUCCAGCUCUGGCAGUUCGGCCACUGGGUGGACGUCGUGGUGGACGACAAGCUACCUGUGCGUGAGGGGAAGCUGAUGUUCCUGCGCUCAGAACAGCGGAAUGAGUUCUGGGCCCCGCUUCUGGAGAAGGCCUACGCCAAGCUCCAUGGCUCCUACGAGGCGAUGCGAGGAGGCCACAUGAAUGAGGCUUUCGUGGACUUCACAGGUGGUGUGGGCGAGGUGCUGUACCUGAGGCAAGACAUUCCAGGCCUCUUCUUGGUUCUGCGCCAUGCCCUGGCCAAGGAGUCCCUCGUGGGUGCCACUGCCCUGAGCGAUCGGGGUGAGUACCGUACAGAGGACGGGCUGGUGAGGGGCCAUGCAUAUUCCGUCACAGGCACGCACAAGGUGUCACUGGGCUUCACCAAGGUGCGGCUGCUGCGGCUGCGGAACCCAUGGGGCCGUGUGGAGUGGACCGGGGCCUGGAGUGACAGCUGCCCACGCUGGGACAUGCUCCCUGCCGAGUGGCGAGACGCCCUGCUGGUGAAGAAGGAGGAUGGAGAGUUCUGGAUGGAGCUGCAGGACUUCCUCCAGCAGUUUAACACCGUCCAGAUCUGCUCGCUGAGCCCUGAGGUGCUGGGCCCCAGCCCGGCGGGAGGGGGCUGGCACAUCCACAUCUUCCAAGGCCGCUGGGUGCGAGGCUUCAACUCUGGCGGGGGCCAGCCUGCUGCCGAAACCUUCUGGACCAACCCCCAGUUCCGGCUGACGCUGCUGGAGCCUGAUGAGGAGGAGCAGGAUGACGAGGGGCCCUGGGGGCGCUGGGGCUCCACCAGAGGGGGCCGAGUCCCCAAGUGCACCGUCCUCCUGUCACUCAUCCAGCGCAAUCGGCGGAGCCUGUGGGCCCAGGGCCUCACGUACCUCACUGUGGGCUUCCACGUGUUCCAGAUCCCCGAGCAGUUGCUGGGCCUCUGGGACUCCCCGCACAGUCGCGAGCACCUGCGGGGCCUGUUGUGCGCGGAGCGCUCACGCUUCUGCGCCCGUCGCGACGUGAGCCGCCGCUGCCGCUUGUGCCCGGGCCACUACCUCGUGGUGCCCAGCACCGCCCGUGCCGGCGACGAGGCCGACUUCACACUGCGUGUCUUCUCCGAGCGCCGCCACACCGCCGUGGAGAUCGACGACGUGAUCAGCGCCGAUCUGCACGCUCUCACGGGCCCCAACAUCCCUCUGGAGCUGGGGUUGGAGCAGUUGUUUCAGGAGCUGGCAGGAGAGGAGGAAGAGCUCAGUGCCCCUCAGCUCCAGACCUUACUAAGCAUCGCCCUGGAGCCUGCCAGGGCCCACACCUGGAUUCCCAGAGAGAUUGGGCUUCGGACCUGUGAGCAGCUGCUGCAGUGUUUCGGGCACGGGUGCAGCCUGGCCCUGCACCACCUCCAGGAGCUCUGGGGACAUCUCCGAAAGUGGCAGGCCAUAUUCGACAAGUUUGACCAGGACGCCUCUGGAACCAUGAACUCCCAUGAGCUGAGGCUGGCGCUGAACGCUGCAGGUUUCCACCUCAACAACCAGCUGACCCAGGCCCUCACCAGCCGCUACCGGGACAGCCGCCUGCGUGUGGACUUCGAGCGCUUUGUGUCCUGCGUGGCUCAGCUGACCUGCAUCUUCCGCCACUGCAGCAGGCACCUGGAUGGGGGCGAGGGGGUCGUGUGCCUGACCCGCAGACAGGUGAGCCCAGGCUGGACAGACGGGGAAGGGGGCGCAGGCAGCCGUCCCAGGAGACCCCCUCCUCAAGCCUGUUUGUCUUCCUUCGCCCAGUGGAUGGAGGUGGCCACCUUCUCCUAGGAUUUGGCACAGGAACACGUGUCGCUGGAGCUGCUGGGAGCCCCGGUCUCCCCUCUGUCAGCCUGGACCAGGCUCAUUCACCCCACAGCAGCGGGGCUCCCAGCAACACCAGCCUCCGGCCACCCUGCACCUCCCUGCCUGGCAUGGGGGCUGAUGCUGACGUUGGGCGGUGGCUCAAGAGUGGCCUCGGGAGCUGCCUGCCUGGAGUUAAUUUCUGGUCCCACAGUUCCCCGGCUGGGUGACGCUGGGCAAGUCACAGCGCAUCUGUGCUCUGCUCUCCGCCCCUGCUUGGCCAGGCGACACACGUUAGUCAGCGCUGCACACCUCGAACAGGACUGGGUCCCCCCCAAGCCCGCCUUCUCCGGGAAGAGGUGGUCUGUCACAGCUCUGCUAGAAAGUGGAGAAUGGAGAUAGGAGAAAGAGGACACUGUAGACUCCUUAAAAAUAUUACAUGUUUUAUUAUCCUGUCCCCAGAAGGGUGGUUUAUCCAGAAACCGAGAAAAAAAAUUAUCAAUCAGAAUAAACCAAAAGAAAAGGGGAGUGGGGGGCGGGGAGGAACAAAACCAUCAACUAACAGGUAGCCAGGCCAGCAGCCCACCCUCCACCUCAGGAGGGUCCCCAGAGCCCACGCCCUAUGACAGACAACGGAAAGAAACCAGUCAGGGACAGGGGGCGGGGCAAGUCAGCGAUGUCUUCAUUAAGAGAGUAAGAGGCGGCAGAGACGUGUUGUUGCUAGGUGAAUAUAUAUUUAUAUAAUAAAUCCGUAAGUUAAUAAAGUAAAUAGUAAUUCUCUGAAGAUUUUAAAUUUUUUAUAGCUUUUUUUGUGAUUUUUGUU